AAAUGGUCAUCUUCUUAGCCACCGGAAAGAAGCAAUGCAUACGAGAGAGUUGUUCCUCUUUCUUUUUUGCAUGCUUCUAAGCUUGGGCUUCAUUAAUGCACAAGCACAAAUACAAUUCCUCACCAAGCGGUGUCUAGGAGGCAAUUACACGGCUAAUAGCGCCUAUGAAUCAAACCUAAAAACCAUCCUUUCAUUUCUGUACUCUAAUUCUACACACGAGAAUGGUUUCUACAAUGCCACCGCCGGCCAGGAUCCAGAUAAAGUCAACGGUCUCAUUCUAUGUAGAGGCGAUGUCACAGCUCAAGAGUGUCAGAGUUGCAUCAUCAAUAAAAUAGGUCAGGAGAUCAUGACUCUUUGCCCCAACAAAAAAGAGGCCAUUAUCUGGGUCGAUGAUUGUAUGCUUCGGUAUUCAAACAGAUCCAUUUUCUCAACUCUGGAGAUACAACCAACCGCUGCUCUAGUGAGCGUAGCCAAUUCUUCCUACCCAGAUGGGCGCAGUCAGAAGGUAAAAGAACUCUUGGACAGCCUUGCGAAUCAGGCAGCCUUUCACUCAUCCACUGCCAUGUUUGCUACUGGGGUAAUACAAUCAACCUACACGGUAGGUGGGAUAAUUGGGUUUGAGAAGAUAUAUGGGCUAGUUCAGUGCACUCCUGAUAUAUCCCAGAAUGAUUGUCAUAGAUGCCUAACAGCGGCAGUCAGUCACCUCUUCGACUGUUGCAAAGUGAAACUUGGUGCCAGAGUUCUCCAACCGAGUUGUAGUAUUAGGCAUGAGGACCACAUGUUUUAUGCUUCCAAGGCUUCUGCACCAUCUCCGUCAACUCUUGUAUCUCCUCCGUUUACACCACUGACGAACACAACAAAUACAGAGGAUGCAGGAAAGGGAAGAAAUUCAACUGGUGUUAUCAUUGCUAUCGUGAUUUCGACAGUUAUUGGAGCUAUAAUUCUUUCUAUCCUAUACUUCUUCUGCUUACGGAGUAGGAAGCCCAAAGAACAUAUCGACAUAGUUGAUGUUGAGAAGAUUAACAAUGUGGAAUCUCUGCAAGUCAACUUUUCCGCAAUAAAAGCUGCCACAAACAACUUCUCUAAUGAUAAUAAGCUUGGACAAGGUGGCUUUGGUGACGUUUAUAAGGGUAGGCUUUUAGAUGGACGAGAAGUGGCAGUGAAGAGGCUGUCUAGAAAUUCUGGACAAGGUGAAGUUGAGUUUAAAAAUGAGGUUCUGUUGGUGGCCAAGCUUCAACACAGGAAUCUUGUUAGGCUACUUGGCUUCUGCUGUGAAGGUCAAGAAAAGCUACUCAUCUACGAGUUCGUGCAAAACGCAAGCCUCGAUCACUUUAUAUUUGACCCAAUCAAACGAGUGCAAUUGGACUGGGAAAGGCGUUACAAAAUUAUAGGAGGCAUUGCUCGAGGGCUUCUUUAUCUUCAUGAAGAUUCUCGACUGAAGAUUAUACAUCGGGAUCUGAAAGCAAGUAAUAUCUUGUUAGAUGAGGAUAUGAACCCCAAAAUUGCAGAUUUUGGCAUGGCAAGGCUUUUUGUAGUGGAUCAAACUCAUGCUUGUACGAGUAGAAUUGUUGGGACAUAUGGUUAUAUGGCUCCCGAAUAUAUAAAGCAUGGGCAUUUCUCAGUAAAGUCAGAUGUAUUUAGUUUUGGUGUCAUACUUAUAGAAAUUGUGAGUGGUGAAAGAAACAAUUCUUUCCACCAAUCGGAGCCCUAUGAAGACCUCUUAAGCUAUGCAUGGAGAAAUUGGAAUGAAGGGACGGCAAUGGAAUUGGUAGAUCCAACUUUGAGAGAAGGUUGCUCAAGACAAGAUGUGAUGAGAUGCAUUCACAUUGCAUUGUUAUGCGUUCAAGAAAAUGAAGCUGAUAGACCUACCAUGGCGUCAAUUGUGCUCAUGCUGAAUAGCAACUCAGUCACACUCGCAAUACCUUCAUCUCCUGCAUUCUUCCUGAAUAGUAGAAGAAUGGGGUCAGAGGUGCCUUCUGGUGAGAAUGAUUCAAGAGCAACUGAAUCAACGGCUUCUGCAAAUGAAAUGUCACUAAGCCAAUUUGAUCCCCGGUAAUGUUGAUCAAUAUUGGGUAUUAACAUUGGAAAUUACAUUAAUUAAUAAGAUAAGUACAUCCUAGACUCCGAUUAUGAGUUGCCCACAGUAGAGGUCUGUUGAUUAAUAACUGUUGUAACUUAAUAUUGGAUUAGAAACCGAUAAAUAUGGGGGUAUUUGGUAUAGUGCUGUUGUGUUGCAUA